AUGAGAUGCGUACGAGAGCCAAUUCUUCUGACCUCCACUGUCAAUCAAGUGGACAAUGCUCUUCGGAAUCCUGCUCCUCCAGCAUCUCAAAACUCUGCAGACCUUCCUCCUCGAGUCCCUGUUCCAGCUGCUUCAAAUCACCAUGUUCAUGGAGAUCGACCGGCCUAUGAGGAUGUACAAAGCCCCUACUACCUCAGCACCGCAGAUCACCCUGGACUAGCACUUGUUACUCCGGUCUUGACAUAUAGGAACUUUCAACCAUGGACUCGAGAUUUCAAGCUUUCCAUAGGUGCACGUAACAAAUCAUCUUUUCUUGAUGGUACGCUUCCCAAACCUUCUCUAAAUGAUCCUCUAUACAGUUCUUGGAUUGGUUAUAAUCAAAUGGUCCAAUCUUGGAUCCUUCACUCGGUUUCACCUGAGAUAAAGAGCAGUAUCAUGUAUCUUGAUACUGCUACAGACAUGUGGACUGAACUUAACAAUAGGUUCAAUCAAGGUAAUGGUCCACGAAUUUUCGAACUUAAUGAAAAUCUCACCUUUCUUCAUCAAGGUGAUGAUUCUGUCAGUACAUAUUUUACUAAACUGACUUCUAUUUGGGAUGGGAUCACUCAACUUCGCCCAAAAAUACCAUGCACAUGUGUUGCUACUGCCAAAAAUCAAGAAUACCAUAACCAUGAUCAGGUGGUAUAG